AUGCAGAGUAAUCAAGCAGGUCGAGCGAAAGUCGUUUUGGAGAGGGUCACGCCAGAGACGUUGACUCAAUAUGCUCCUCGGCUAGCAGCUAUGACGACCUCACACAUCUUGAACCAUAAUCGAUCUAUCAAUUUCCUGCAUCCCUUCACAUCCCAUCAAGCUACUGAGCUAUUCCUCAAGACUUCAUCAUACCUAUUGUUAGACGGACCAGGAAGGGUGAUAAUGUGGGUAGCGAAAUUACCGUCAGAAGAAUCCAAAGAAGCUUUGGAGAGUGUCGACAUGGAUGGAAACUUGACGGACAACGCGGAAAUAGUGGGCACAGUGCAAUUGGCAUUCCAUACUAGUCCAAACGGGGUGCAUAGGUCGGAAGUAAGGAAGUUGAUUGUAGAUGAUAGGUAUGAGAGAAGGGGUAUAGCAAGGACGUUAAUGGAUGAAUUACAGAGGUAUGCGAAGGAGGAAGGAAGUAAACUUUGCCUGUUGGAUACCGAGGCAGGUUACGCAGAACACUUCUAUACCAAGUUAGGGUGGAAAUUAUCAGGUUACAUACCGAAUUACGCUAUGACGCCUGACGGGCUGGAGAAAAGAGAUGCCGCAUUGAUGUACUUAGAACUAUAA